CAGCAACAGAAUCAUGUACUCUACCAAGAGCUCUGUCAUUGUGGCCGUCGUCCUCGUCCAGCUGGUGGCUCUCAUCCAGGGAGGAGUCUACAGCACGGAGGAUAAGUGGGUGUAUCUGGACAAGACAAUGGAUCUGCCGGAGGAAGCCGUUCUGGGUGGAGUCGAUCCCGAUGGUUACUACAACUACGUGGGUCGUGUGGUAUACAGCAGUAAUAUUUUGCCCGCCCGAGUGGUUCCGGAACUAGGAAAGGCGACCUACAAUACGGACACUUUGGGCAACCAGGCCACAACCUACGAGGUCCUGGUCUCCAAUGCCACCGUCAGCUACCACUGGAUCCACAGUUUCGAUGGCUUCCGGGAGAAGAACGCCGUGUCCGUGGGAACCAACGCCUCCAACGAUCGCGUCUUCAUCUGCCGCGUCCGCUGCGAUGAGGCGCUUUUCAUUGGAACCCUUUACCUUGCAAGGCGGACGUGCAUCGUCAAAUACGAGAACCUGCCGCUCCGCUCAUAUGACAAAUACGAGAUCCUCGUCAGGGAACGCCAUGUGGCUGCCUUUACUCCCUUUGCAGAUGGUUACAUUGAGCACUGAGAUCUAACUAAUUAAAUACAUAUUUAUUGAACAAAAA